AUGUGGAUCGGUGUGUUCCCGAGAGCUUUCUUUGAUCGCGUAACGCAAGGGUUACGCGACGAUCUCGAGCAUGAGCGGAAUAGGCGUCUCCAGAUGGUGGACACUGCCUCGAAGCAUCGAGCUGAGUUUGCCUUUGCUCAGCUUGAGAACGAGAGAUCUCUGACAUCUCUUCGUGACGAGCUAAGGGUAGCUCGUGGGAUUGUUGAUCGGUCUCGGGCUGAGAUAACUGCUCUUCAGACCCUUGUUGAUGCCCACCAUCGGGAGCACAAGGCUCUCUGCGAGAUGCUUGAGCGCAAGGGCGUUCUUCAUCGGAAGAAGCAGCGUACUGAUGGUACGGCUUAA